UUCAUCUUUAAUUUAUCUAUCUCUUUGUUUUGCAGUGCUCGUUGGAUUUCGUUUAUUUGAGCAUUGUUAUGCUGUUCUCGUCGUGGACUGAGGUUGCAUGUUGGAUGCACACUGGAGAGAGGCAAGCAGCAAAAAUGAGGCUAGCAUAUUUAAGGUCAUUGCUUGAUCAAGAUAUAAGUGUGUUUGAUACUGAGGCUUCAACUGGAGAGGUGAUCAAUGCAAUCACCAGUGAUAUUUUAAUUGUGCAAGAUGCUAUCUCUGAGAAGGUUAUUGGGAAUGUUAGGACAGUGCAAGCGUUUGUGGGGGAAGAGAAGGCAUUAAAGAGUUAUAAGAACGCAAUUGGGAAUGAAGGGGGUUUGGCGAAGGGACUCGGGCUUGGAUCAUUGCAUUGUGUUCUGUUCUUCUCGUGGGCGUUGCUCACUUGGUUCACUAGCAUUGUUGUUCAUAAGGGCAUAGCGAAUGGAGGAGAAGCAUUCACAACGAUGCUCAAUGUUGUCAUUGCAGGACUAUCAGCCCGCCUCCACCAGCGACGCCGAGCAGUCCCUGAAUCUCCGCUCUCCUCCACCUCAGAGCACUUCAGAGCACCUCACCGUACCGCUGAUCUUAGCUCCGUCGCCGUCCAGCCCCUGUUCCUCCUCCAAUUGAAUAGGUCCUCUGCCCCUGUUCCUCCUCCAGUUGAACAGGCCGCCGCCCUGUUCCUCUUCCACAAGCCCGCCGUCCGCUCGCGUCCUUCUGUCAUCGCUGUUCGUCGCCACCCAGUUUGCCGUCUUCUGUCAAUUCAUUCGACGCCGUCGUACACGCCAUUGUCCAGCUCGCCUCAGAUCUCUGCCAGCCUGCAGCACCAUCAUUCAGAGGUACUGGAGUUUUUCUAUUUUGCUUGUACAUCAGAGGAUAUAAAUAAUUUAGCCCAUGCAUUGGCACUGAAGGAGGCGUUCAACACUGUCAUUUUUCCUGUGAUGAUUGAGUUGUUGAAUGCAAUAUGCAAAUUAGCGAAGGAAAAUGCUCAUAUCUCCAUGUCUCGCACUCAUGGACAGCCUGCUUCACCCACUACUUUGGGAAAGGAAAUGACAAAUUUUGCUUUCAGACUAAGUGAAGUAGGGAGGACCUUUACAGAAGUGCAACUAUUGGGCAAGUGUGCUGGAGCUGUUGGAAACUACAAUGCACAUAAAGUUGCAUAUCCUGAUAUUGAUUGGCCAACUGUUGCAGCUGAGUUCGUGACCUCUUUGGGGUUAGGUUUCAACCCUUACGUGACACAUAUUGAGCCGCAUGACUAUAUCGCAAAGCUUUUCAAUGUAGUUGUUCAGUUUAAUAACAUCCAUCCUGAUUUUGAUCGGGACAUAUGGAGCUAUAUUUCGUUAGGUUAUUUUAAGCAGAUGACCAAGGCUGGGGAGAUUGGAUCUUCAACUAUGCCUCAUAAAGUUAAUCCCAUUGAUUUUGAGAAUAGUGAGGGCAACUUGUGUUUGGCUAAUGCUAUUUUAUCUGCUCUCAGCUCGAAAUUGCCCAUCUCUCGUAUGCAGAGGGAUUUGACCGAUUCCACUGUUUUGAGGAAUUUGGGUAUUGGAUCUGGGUAUUCUCUCUUGGCAUACAAAAGUGCACUACAAGGAAUCCGGAAUCUUCAGGUUAAGAUGGUUAUCACUAGAGAAUUAGAUAUAAAGCUAGAUGUGUUAUUGGUAGGAAAUGCGCCGCUGUCGUCGUUCUUUGCUUCAUGUGGGGUAUACGGGGUGACGUUUCAGGAUGUGACAGGCCCUAACGGAUUUACUCAGCUAAAUGUGGGUGUUUUUCGCUGGCUGCUCUACAUCAGGCCAGGCUACUUGAUUUUCAGGCAGGGUGGCAAAUGUUUUAUUGAUCCAUAUCAACCAUAUAGGUUUGCUCGACAAUUUGGAUAUGACCAGCUAUAUGUUAGAAACCCUCGACCUCAGCUUGCGAUUGUAGGCAACCUGUACGAAGGGGCCAGAUCCUGGUACUAUUCAGUGGCUGGUUGCACCAAGGCCGUCUUCAAUCUCCCCCAUAAAACACCUAAUUCCUACACUUCUAUGGGUUUCUGCAAUUGGUAUUCUGCUGCUUCUCAGACCUCUGGCUACAAGUUGAAUACAUCUUGUCUGAAGAAAAUCAGACGUAUAUAUGCUUCAAGAAGGGGGUCUAAGACAUCUCGACUGGGAGGGAUUGACGAGUACUUGUCUUUUGAGGACCCGCCUGUUGGACAAGAAGAGGAACAAGCGGCUGAGCUAGUUCCGUUGAAAGAACCCCGAAUGGUUGAUACUCCCACAACAAGAGCUACUGGAAAGAGGGCUCUUACAGCAGAUGAAACUGGCCAAUACGAUAAACAGACUCGUUGA